AUGGCCACCACCUCCGUCGCCGCCGCCUCCCCCCACCCCUACCUCUCCCGCUCCCGCUCCCGCCGCCGGAACCCCAGCGCCACCUCCAGAGCCUCGGUUCGGGGUCGCCUCCCGCCAAUCCGGUGCUCGUCCGCCUCCUCGUCGCCACCGCCGGCCACCGGCGGCGAGGAGGGAGAAUCGGGGCGCGGGCGGCUGUCUAAGCAGUCUUCGUGGGAGGCGAAAGACGCGGAGGGGGACGACUACCUCUACCGCCUUGGGAAGGAGGCGGACAACUUGAACGUCACCGUCGGCGCACGGUCCGGCAUCGUCGAUGACCUCUUCGUCGGAAACUUCCUCGGGAAAGACUCGGAUAUUGUGUUCGAUUACCGGCAGAAGGCAACUAGAACAUUCGAGUACCUGCAGGGGGAUUACUACAUCGCACCCGCCUUCCUCGAUAAAGUUGCUUUUACUUUUGCUCUUGCACUUGGCGUGGUAAUUACUGGUUGUGAUUCUACUGAGAAAUGUAUUAAAUGGGAGUGUCUAUUCUUGAUAUCUAUUAAUGUAAUUGACCCUGAUAGACUGCACUAUGCAGGGAUCUGGGGCGGAAAAGGCCAAGGGAAAACAUUCCAGACUGAACUUAUAUUUAGAGCAAUGGGUGUGGAGCCCGUUAUUAUGUCUGCUGGUGAACUAGAAUCUGAAAAAGCAGGUGAACCAGGGAGACUAAUACGUGAUCGAUACAGGACUGCCUCCCAAGUAAUCCAAAACCAAGGGAAAAUGAGUUGCUUGAUGAUCAACGAUCUAGAUGCUGGUGUUGGAAGAUUUGGAAACACGCAGAUGACAGUCAAUAAUCAAAUAGCUGUCGGAACUUUGAUGAACUUGGCAGAUAAUCCUAACAGGGUGAGCAUCGGCCAGAAAUGGAGAGAAUCUGAUGUUACACACAGAGUGCCAAUAAUAGUUACUGGAAAUGAUUUUUCAACUCUAUAUGCACCCUUAAUUCGUGAUGGCAGAAUGGAAAAAUUCUACUGGCAGCCCACCCGUGAAGAUAUAAUUAGUAUUGUUCAUGGCAUGUAUAGAAAGGAUGGAUUAUCUGUUGAAGAAGUAGCAAGAGUUGUAGACGCAUUUCCAAACCAAGCUCUGGACUUCUAUGGAGCUUUGAGAUCCAGGACAUAUGAUCAGGCUAUCUUGGAGUGGGUCGAAGAAAUUGGUGGACAUGAACAGCUAAGUGUAAAGCUUCUUAAGCGAAAGAAAGGAGAGGAGCUUCCAACAUUUAUACCACCAAAGCCAUCACUGGAAGCAUUGAUUGAGUCAGGGUACUCGCUGGUGAAGGAGCAAGAACUAAUAAUGAACUCAAAACUAUCAAAAGAGUACAUGAAGAACUUAGAAUAG